AUGGCGCAACAACCAGUUGAUGCGAAAGCAUAUUAUGGGUACCUGUUUGCAGCCGACAAGAAACCCACCAAGGUACUGGACGCCCUGCUCCGAGGCAUCGCAAAACAUAUAUCGAAAGAUGUUGGGGAUAAAGACGAGAAGACCCUGGUACCGGCGAAGCUGGCAAGCUUCUACAAGGCGGUGGGAGGGAAUUAUGAUUGCUGCCAGCAUACGCUUCAGCCUACCAGUCACGAUUUCGAGCCACCAUCGAUACCCGCCCUUACAACACGAGGUUUCGUCCGAUGGCAAUCAAUAGAGAUUCUGCUUGGACCAGAGGAACACGUACCAUUCAUACAGACAGCGGUUAGGGAGUGGGCGAUCAAGAACCCCGAUACAGGAGAAACCUUCCCGGUCGAGCUCCCAAAAGAGGCAUUUCCUCAGAAAUGCGACGCGGAGAUAGAGAAAUGGCACAGCGAAUGUGCUGCAAGGCUACGGCGACGAGCUUCCCCAGAUGCUGACGAUGAGUCGAUGCGUCCGGAUCUGCCACCGCGACCAAGAGUGCGGGUGGAAGAAGGCUACACGCAUGUCCAUGGCCGACCCUCAACCCGGCCUAGAGCAGGAACAGAUUACUCUGAGCCCAGAUCUAGAGUGACUUCAAGACCUAUAUCCUAUUCUCACGUACCUGGUACUGGAGCCCGGCCCGUACGUCCAGUGAUCUCCCGUUCGCCGAGCCAUCGGGCACGCCAGUUCUUAGCUCCUGAGGAAUCAUCCCGUCUCUCGCGCUCACGGCGACGAAGCUACCCCGAUAAUCUAAAUUCUCCUCCUUCCUCGCCAAACUCUACAUCACCCCAAGAUCUCCGGCCACCCCCUACACCUCAUCAUGCGCGACGGCAUAGUCACCCACGGCAGGAACACCACCAAGCUAGCGUUUCGUCUGAUGCCUCAUCCGAAGACGAUAGCCCCCAGAGUCCUAAAACUAAAGCCAACACAGGGGCGCCAAGAGGGCGCUCACAUCCCCUUUCAUCUCACUCAUCAAAUGCGGGAGAUGGACCGAGUUCAAGACGCUUCGCGCCCACGGUCCCAACACCUGCAGUCCCCAUACCUCCCGAUCCAAGACUUCGGGGAAGAAGAGAGAGAGACGAGGAGGUGAAACGCAGGAGCUAUCCCAUCCCUAUCGACCUGACUGGUAAACUAUCUGCGCCUUUCUUACUCGGGAAACGGGAUCCAGACAGGGCGUCGAGGAGUGGAUCACGAGGUGGGAAUAAAGUAUCUUGGAAGGACUUGAGUGAAGUCCAGGAUCUGUUCAAAAGGGGUAGUAAAGAAUCUAGUCAGGACGAGGAGCUACCUAGACGGAGUAGAGAUGAUUAUAGGAGACGAGAUAGAGAUCGUGAGCGGGACCGUGAGAGGGAUUCGUUGAGGCCGAGAGAUAAGCCGAGGCGCAGCAGUCAUGAUGAUAUGCCGAGGAGGGAUAGGGAGCGUGAUAGAGAUAGAGACAGAGACCGCGAGAGGGAGCCUGUGGGGAGGGACCAUAGGAGUUUUAGGGACAGGGAUCGUGAGCGUAGGGCUGUGAGUCCGAUUAAAGGGGUUAGUGGACGGAGAUAUCCCGAAGUGUCAUGA